AUGGCAGGGACGACAAGAUCGCCAACUUCGCCUAUGCAGGGAGAUCCUGGAGGUGUUCAUCCUGGCGGGGGGAGGAAGCGACCCGCACAGGCCGAUGACGAAGAGGGGGAAAAGCCUUUGACCCUCAGCACUCUUCUGGCGGCCCUGAAAGACAACCGCGAAGAGAUUGUGGCCCAGGUUCGCGAGGACAUGGACAGCCUAGCGAAUAGGGUCAACACUGUUGAACUCACAGUCGAAACACAUGUCGGCAACACUACCAAACUCCUUGAGGCCAUGACGGACCGACACUGUGCCAUGGAGGAGAGCGUGCGAAAAGUGGACAAUCGCCAGGGGGAGAUGCUGCAGAGACUCGAACUCCUCGAAGGCAAGUUUGCAAAAGCGACCUUUUCGCUUUCCAGCACCCGUACUUCGGAGACCGACGGGGGCAACCCCAGACCCGCCCUCGUGGUCGGGGGAUGGGAAGCCGACCAGCAUCAUGAGGAUACCCUUAAGCUCGUGAAGCAGCACCUCAGCGAACUCAACGUGAACCUCGAUGUUGAUAAGGCUUUCGUACCUGGACUUCGCCGGGGAUUCGCCCUGGUCCCCCUCACAAAGCUCGAGGGGGAGAGCGACGACGAACAAAGAGCCCGAGUCCAAGAAAUACUCCGAACCGUGAGGGCAGCCAAAAUCGUCACAGGACAGCGGCCAGAAGGGGGGAACCGCUACUUCUUCGCGGCCCUCAGCCAGAGCCCCGAAAGACGCCGACGAGCACAGUUAGCUGGGAAAGUCAAACGCUUCAUCAUCGAAGAAGGCGGAGACCCGCGGAAAAUCGAGGUCGAAUACGGCACCGCCAACUUGUGGUACAACACUGUGAAGAUUGCAUCGGGGGUGACCUCGGCACCCGAAGGUGCGACCGCCGAAAAAGCAGGAUGGGUCCAUCUCGGCACUUUGGCUCGCCAAAUCGGCAUCUCGGAGGAGACUGCCACCUCCCGAUGGGGGGACCUGCGCAAAGCUCUCGCCUGA